AUGCCACCUCCAAAGGUACCUCGAAAAGACAAAAAGCAAAAGAAGGAAAAGAAGGAGAAGAAGGAACAGUCAGGUUCGAAAGAGCCAGCGACUGAAAAGAAUGAUGAGCCAGAGCUCACUGAGGAGGAUCUCGAAGCUGCUGUGGAAGCGGCCAUGGACGCUGCCGUUGCAGCUGGUGAUGUUGCUGCUACGGAGGAGCCGAAGAAACUCAAGAGGCUUCGACAUGUUGAGUGUGAGCCAGAAGUUCGCCCGAAGGCUAAGGCGAAGGCCAUGGCCAAGGAGAAGAAACCGGAUCCUCAAGAGCCACCCUUUGACAUUACCUGGGAGAACCACAGCCUUUUGAUGAAACACUUUCAGAUCAGUGAGGACGAGGCCACUUCUUGCCUUCUUCAGGUGAUCGGCCCGGAUGACAGGUACAAGAAAUUCUGGGGGAAGUUCAGCGUCGAUGCCAAGGAUUCCAAGGACAAGGGCAAGGAGACUUCAGAGCCUACGGCCAAGACCAAGGACGCUGUUGCUGCUCAAUCUGAUGAUGAUGGGACGGAGUUCUAUGGAGGGGGUCCAAUGAUCGACAAUGGUGACGAUCAUGAUGAUGAUGUCGAUGGGGACACAGCUUCGACUUCUUCGGGUGGCACACCACCUCGCCCACCACCACCUCCAGCUGCAGCUCCAGUUGAGACUGUCAGCUCCGAGCCAGUGAUUGACCAGAUGGAGACUCAGCCCAUGGAAGUUCCUGAGCCUGUCAUCCAACACAUUCCUUCGAAGCCGGAUGAUGCUGAAGUCGCACGACGUGCCUUUUGCCGAGAAGGUGAAAUCUGCACCCACGCCGGCCAAAGCUUUGGAGAAACAGGCGUCCCGGUGAACAGUGGGCCUCCACGGUCUUGCACAACACUGUCGCUGGGCCAGCACGAUCUCUCCCGUCAAGCUUCCGUCAUGAAUCACGAUGCUGAGAAAGCUGAGACGCUUUCCACGUUGGGCCCUUCAGCUUCGCAGACAGCGGGGGAUGAUGACAAAGUCGCUGAGAUUGUGAAAGCAUUGAGCUUGCUUUCUGUGACGAUGAAGCAACCGUGGUGCAGGGAUUUGAUGACUGAGCUUGGCUUCUGCCUCCCUGGACAAGUACCUGAAGAUCAAGAGUUGAAUGAUGCCAAGGAUGGCAAACCUUCUGGAUCGAGACCUUCUGGAUCCACACCUGUCUCUCCUGCACAUGUACCUGCACCCAAGCCUGCGCCCACGCCCACUCCGCCCACACCGCCUGAAGAGACACCUUCGGCACCUCCUGCAGCCACAUCCCCUGAAGUUCCGGAGCCAACGACUGGAGCUGAGAAGCCUGAAGAUCCUGGAGCUGGGGCUGUUGUCAUCAACAGCUCUACUCACAGAGCAGCCCAUGCUCGCUUGCAGAGAAGGAUGCACUCUCUUGGUGAAGCUGAGUGCCCAAACAUGGCGAAGCUUUGGGCUGGCAGCAGAAAGGACAAGCAAGAGCUUCUGGCGAAGUGGGUUCAAAAUGGAGAAAACCUGGCUGCAGUGGAGUGUGCUUUGCAGCUGCAGCGUAAGAAGGAGGGAGAGUUGGAACAUGGCCGAGAGGCGAAGAUCGAAGCGAUCGUCAAGAAACCUGGUCAUCCUGACCCAGACGCCCCACAUGAUGUUGCCAGCACUCGCUGGUGGUGCAAUGUUGGAGGGAAAUACACAGGGCGCGAAGUUGCAUCUGUGACCAUGAGGGCAUCCACCACUGUGGCGGCCACUGCGGAUGCUCUCACUUCUAUGUUGGGUGGAUCAGAAGGCUGUGCAUCUGGAAGUGAGAUGCUGUCCUUGACCAAUGGGAAUAGUGGCUCGGAAGCCACCUCGGGUGCAACACCUGCGCCAUCGAUGGAGGCAUUGGUGGGAUUGAUUUCCGCCAAGGCCAAAGCCAAGUCGAAGGCCAAAGCCAAGGCCAAGGCGAAAGCCAAUCCCAGUCAUGCAGCUGCAACGACGCCAGCAGAAGACAUCAAGAAGGAGCACGCUUCGUGCACCAACGUUGCCAUGGACCUUCCACCAGGACAUGCGCUGAGGACUGAUCUUGCGAACGCAAAGGCCAAGCUGGAGGAGAUGCUGGAAGAGCUGCGUACCAUGCCCGAUGAGGAGAUCGCAGACUAUGCCGAGACUUGUGCCCAGAAGGUGCUGGAUUCCCGCAUGUUGCGGGCGCAGGCCUCUGCAGUGGCCAAAGAAUUUCGAAAGGCUGAAGCGGCAGAGUAG